AAAUAGCUUUCGACUCGCCCGAAUUCAUAUUUUCAAAAAAAUUAAAUCGUAUCACUUAAAUUGUCUUUUAAAGUAAACUCGGACCAAAUGACUCGAACAUGGGACAAAUUAUACAAGCGAUUCUUGCGACGACGACUAUGCACACGUUUUUUAUUUAUGAUCAUAGUGUUUACGACUUCCUUUUCAAUUUCUGUCUUAUUAUUCGGCGACUUAAAAUCCCCUGUGGUGAUGCAUAUUACAGAUUUAGACCGCUGCCCGGCCUGCUACGGUGUGUCCGUUUGUCCGGAACUCUAUUCUAACCAGAUAAUGUUGGAAAGCGGUAAUCAUUGGUCUCGCAUGUUCAACGCUAAGAAUGUAUACUACGGGUACACAAAGUCGAAUCGCCGAGUUGUUUUGAAGAAGUUAGCACAGAAUUGGGAGCUACAAGAGUUUGACUCGAAGUUGUGUAAGAGUUGGCAGUUAAAAGAUGACUGUAAGCCUAGAGAUUUGUUGAAUUUGAGUAACAUUGUUAAUAAAAUCAAGAAUAUGGUUCAUUAUAACUUCAGCUGGCCGGAUACGGAGCCAAGGAAGGGGCUCGUGUUCUGCCCGUACGCUACAGGCAUCCUGGAUUUCAUAAAUACUAGUAACAAAAAAUUUACUGAUUCUAAAUCUGAUCUAAUCAAUAUAUGGACAAGUUUGAGCAUCAACCCAGAACCCUUGAUAUUGAAGGUGAUCCCAAAAUCCAAAGGUUGGCCGGUCCCAGCGUACGGAGGGGUGUGCGGCAGACUUGUUGUGGAGGCCCAUGAGGGAGAAUCCUUAGCGUCCCUCCUGCAUGUCCCCUGGCAUCGGAAACUGAAGUUCGCCAAGAAGAUCCUAGAUGCUGCCAUGGAUUUCACUUUUAAACACGACAGAUUUCGCUUCUACCUCAUGGACUGGUCUUUAGACAACAUAGUUGCCAACGAAAAGGACGAUAUAUCUUUCGUCGACCUUGAAGAUGUUAUCGUCCUUGACAAACACAUCUACCCUGGAAAGGACCUCCCGUCCUGGUACCAACGGUACACCCGAGAGCUCAUGGGUUCCGGAUUCACAUUUUCCAUUGAGAACAUGUGUAUACACCACCUAAGUGACCAUAAUCUUUGGGCUGCAUGCUACAUUUUAGCUGGAGAUGAAAUGCCACUCUUAUAUCCUAUACCUAAGGAUGUCAAUGCGUACAGGCCUUAUUUAGAUAAGCUGCUGAAAGGCUGUCUGAAUGGUGAGGACAGGUUUAGCAGCAUAACAAAGCUACAACAUGUGGUUAAAGAGAUGCUUAUGGAUGAAAAGAUUGUUGGUACCAUGAUUGUGAGAUGAUAAU